CUUGCUGUUCAAGUCGGUCUGGUCUGUCUGUCUUUCUUUGCUUUUCCUCCGAUUAGACUGUCGAUUUGCUGGUACUAUUGAUUGCAAGCAAGAACCCUAAUUCCCCAUCUACACAUCCAACCAUGGUUCUGCAGGGCAAAUCAUCCAACGUCCCCCGGCAUGUUGAUCGGAAAGCCCUCUAUACCGAUCUUGGGGCACGAGUCCACUACUUGCAGCAGUUUCUAGAGUUCAGUGAGGAUGAUGUCGCCGCUCUCAACAAGGGAUCCAAGUACAUCAAGGCGCUGGCGCCUACCCUGGUCGAUAAAGUAUAUGCGAAGCUCCUCGAGAACGAUAUCACCGCUCGCGUCUUUCGCACACGCGACACAUCCCUGGAAGAUGAGGAGGAAACCACCUAUCCCACCUUCGAUAGCGCCUACAUUCAGCGCCGCCGGAUGUUCCUGCGCUGGUACAUGACCAAGCUCUGCUCGGACCCUACCAAGCCGGAAUUCUACGAAUACCUGAACAAAGUCGGACGGAUGCACAUUGGCAAAGACCGCAUGCUCGCCUUCCACGUCGAAUACAUCCACAUCGGCGUGUGUCUCGGGUACAUCCAGGAUAUCAUCCUCGAGGCAGUCUUCAGUCACCCACAGCUCACGCUCGCCUUCAAGUUGGCGCUGGUCAAGGCAUUGAGCAAGGUGAUCUGGAUCCAGAAUGAUCUCUUCGCCCGCUGGCAGGUCCGCGACGGCGAGGAGUUCGCGGAGGACGAGACUGAGUCGGUUCACGAAAACAAGGAGCAGCAUCACGAUGAUUCGGCCUCGUACAUCACUCGCUCCAACACCCAGCUCUCCGAGGCCCCGAGUAGUAUCUUCUCCGAUACCCGGUCAGUUGACACGACCACCAGCCAUUUCACCGCCACAAUGCACGCCCCAAGCUCAUCGCACUCCUCGCACUCGGCCUGCCCGUUCUCGGGCGGAUUCAAGCAGUCCUUCGAAACGAAGGUCUGGUCAGGGCCAGACGGGAAAAGAGGUCACUGACCGACCUCCGUUGUGGCAUUGAUGAAUUUCCUUUUGGGCUUAGGUAUAGGUAUAUAGGCAUAGAGGGAUUAGAGGUGUAGGAACACAUGGGAUACUUGGGAGGGUUGUGGGAGUGUCGGGAUUUUGGGAAAAGACUUGGGUUUGGUGUUUGGUCUGGUUGAUUGCUUGAUAUGCUGCUUUUGAUUCCCCUG